CCGAGAGCACGCGCGUACGGUGUACGAAUAUCGGCAUGUCGAUGUCGUCGUGAAUCGUAAAGAUGGACUUUCAAAGUGCUAUGGAGACUUUUGCUGAGGCGUGGGCUGCGGCCAACACCGUGAAGACGGAAGGGGCCAAUGAAUUGGCGCAGAAUCUGACAUCAGAGCUCCGACGAAGCAAGACGCCACCGCGUCGCUCGCCUGAAGAGCGCGCGCGCCCGCCGUCGGCGCCCGCGCAUCAUGACCGGCACGCGCCGCUCUCGCCUAAGAAAGAGGCGUUUAACAGCCUGCUCAACAAGGGGAUCUCUGGUAAAACCCUUCCAGUCCACUGCGUAGUGGAGGCGGUAUCGUCGCUAGAAGAGGGCGCUUGGCGCCGGCGAUCAGUGGUGGAGACUGAUAGCUACGUCAUCAUCCCCGCUGCUACAGCGUUCCAUGAGCUGGUCCCUGCAGCUAUGAUGAGGCUGGGGUACCCGCAUGAACUCGCCGCUUCCGCUAAAGGUUCCGUAGUCAUCAACAACUGGAAGCCCCUACCCUUCGAGCGCAUCUCCGACGGACCCCUAGCCACGGUCGGCGAGGUCCUUGGCGAGCUGACCACCGUAGCCACACUGCGUAUACAGCUGCUGCGGGCACGACAGACGCCGCUACAAGACAUCAAGGAUAAGCUGCUGAGACUGUUACUGGUACAGAGCAGGCCGCUGCUGAUGUCUUCUGGAUGCCCUUUAGAUGAGGUGACAUUAGCUCAAAUAUGUCGGGGCGGGGACAAGCCGCCCGGCCCUCACAACUUCCACGAGCCAUCAGAAGAGAUGCGUAGAAAGUUUGAAUCCUGGUGGAGUGCACAGGUGUCUCCACGACCGCCACCAUUCAGCCCUCGGCGCUAUCCUUCUCCCGGGCCUAAAAAUCGCUCACCAACACUCGCGAUGCCCGAUCACUUACAUCCAGCACUACAAACCGUUCAAAGCCAAUAUCCGACGCAGAAAACUCGAAUGCGAACAAGUUUCGACCCAGAGUUAGAGUUGCCCAAGUUGCAACGCUGGUUUUCGGAAAACCAACACCCUACUAGACAGCAAAUACAACAGUAUGUCCGGGAACUUAAUAACUUGGAAUCGAGGCGUGGCAGAAAACCUCUUGACGUUAACAACGUCGUGUACUGGUUCAAAAACGCAAGAGCGGCACAAAAACGUGCCGAAUUACGUAACAUCGGUGGCAUUGGCUGCCAUCUCAACGGAUUCAGUAGUAGAAGUCACAGUCCAUCUAACGGUUCUUUGAUGGCUGGUGGUGAUGGGUACCCACACGAUCACAACUCUAUGAAGAGUCCAUUGCAAUUAUCAGGGAGUCCUGGCCGAUACCCCAUGUCAGUUAUGUCUGAGGACAACUUGUCCAAUGCUGGAUCUGAUUUAGAUGAUGAUGGUGGUGACGUAAAUCCAGAUGACCGACCAGAUAGCCCGGAAGCACCGCUUUCCUUAAUUACCACCAAAAAGAAUAAUGGAACCGAAGAGCAUAAAGAAUCACCAAAACCUCCGGAUAUAAUUAAGGUACACGACAUUAAACAAGAACCAAGAGACCUAAGUAAACCUGAUCAAGAACACUCACCGCACCGUUCACCGGCGAAAAACAGCGACAGUUCACAUAACAAUAACAACAAUGAUGAAGAAAACGGAGUUGUCGACGACCAUGACAACGCUUCCGACGACGACGUCGUCCAGGAGCGGCAUUACAGGCCUUCCUCCCCACACCUUGACCGCUUACCCUUUCCCAUGGUGCCGAAUCAUCCUAUGUUCGGGCAUGGAAUCAUGUACAUGAGUCAAUACAUGACGGGGUUUCCUGGGGUUGGUGGGGUGCCCGGUGAAGGCGCUAGUGGUCUAAAUCUCGCCCUCGCCGGCGCUUCAGAUGAGCGGCGAAAACGCAACCGCACAUUCAUAGACCCAGUCUCCGAGGUCCCAGUCCUUGAGCAGUGGUUCUCAAUGAACACUCACCCUUCGCACAAUCUCAUAUUGAAGUACACGGAAGAGUUGAACAGAAUGCCUUACAGGCAGAAGUUUCCGAGGCUGGAAUCCAAGAACGUGCAAUUUUGGUUUAAGAAUCGUCGGGCAAAGUGCAAGAGAUUGAAGAUGUCUCUAUACGAGCCUUCUUCUCCUUCGCACUAUACGCAUCCCGGACAUCCUCAUGCCCUUGCUGAGCGUAAAAUGGUGUGAACAUUCCGCAUAUUCCCUUAAAACAGCAAGUACCUUCGUGUUGUGAUUCCAGCUAACAAGUUAUAAUGAUAUAGACGGUAGAUGAGAGGAGUGAUUUCAUAAAAAUAUGUAUUGAAAGUUUAUAAUGAAUCAGAAAGACUGAGUUCAAUUCUAUGGUGUCGAGUGCCAUGUUAGUAUUAAAUGGUAGUGACGUCAGUUGGCUAGUUUAUGAUCCAAUGCAACUUGUAAAACAAGAUAAUAGCUUUGCUUUGACUUUCUAAUGAAGUUCAAAGAAAGUACCGUGUUUUAUAGGUUCUCGAUUUAUAAUCUGGUCCCCGGGUAAUCCGUGCUGAUGGUUAAUUUACUCUGUUAAAACGCUACAAGAGUAGGCAUAGGCACGUUUAGAGUUAAAAUAUUGAUAUAAACAACUUGCAAUUCUAAUAAAAGUAUCGUAGUGCGUGUACAUAGCUAGUACAAAACAAAAGCGGCAAUGAGUAAAAGAAUCUCAAAUGUAGUAAGGUACUUAAAUUGUUGUACCUACAUCAACUGUCAACCUAAAGGUGUGUACAGCUUUUUUAAUUAGUUUGUAUCUCAAUUCUAUUUAAUUUAUAAUUAUGCUAAGUAAAAUAUCGAAUAUAGUUAAUCAACAAUGAAUACUCUCAUCAUAACUCCGAUUAAACCAAACUUUAGAUGUAUUGUAGUCGAAAUUGUAAGAAUGGUAUUCAAUGUUAUCCUUAUGUAAAAUUGUAAAAUAAAUGGAUGUGUCAUUUAGAUUAGUUGUAGGUUUAUUUUAAACUUAUUGCACAUAGUAGUUGUAACGAAACUAAAGUUUCGCUUAUAUCGGCCUGGUUGGUCGAGCAGAUUUGAUGUUCCUAGACUUAGAAUGGUCGUAACAACUUCUUUUAGCUUCUCUAUCUUCAUACUAAGAAGCCAAUUUGUAUUAAUCAUCGCUGUAUCUUUAAAAGGGGCUAAAAUUAUUCUAGAAAAAUCUUGAACAGAUUUUCUAGUCGUAUAUGACUUAUAAUUCUAUCAGAUAUCGCUCACAUAAAAACUGAUCAUUCAUUUCAUGCUUCCUCAAUCCAAAGAUUGGUUAAGUAUGUUCGUAUUAUCAAUAUGUAAGAAAAAUAUAACAGUAAGUAUAGUCAAGUCUCAAAUAAUAGAUGGUAGCCCUUAUUCAAGAUCAUGCAUGUAUACCAACGUGUCACAAAUGCUUUUGACCGAUGUUAAGACAUACAUCGUUUUUGAUCGAUUCAAACAGUUCUUACUAGUUAAACGGAGAAAGGUCAUAUAUAUACUCCAUUGUGGACAAAGGUGAUCCUUUACAACUGCAAUUUUUCAUAAUUCCUAUCUACUUUAAUAUAAUACUUUCUCGUCUAAACGAAAUAUUUUUGAAGCAUAAAAGUAUUGUAUCAUUAUUCUUUUUUGUAUUUUUUCCACAUACUCUGCAAAAGAUACCUACAUAUAUGUUCUAUUCAUGAAAUUCUGUCAUUUUUUUUACUUUGUCUGCAGACUAUAGAUAGGUACUACAUGAUGAAUACACUACAGUAUUCAGCAACCAGCAAUAAGACUUGUUCCAAAUACAAUAGUACUAUAAUAAUAACAAUAAGUAUUCAAUCACCAAAUAGAUUACAAUAAACAAUAUUACAGUAUUUACGCAUUUAUUGAUGGAGGCUGUAUUAAGAAAUGUUUUUGACCUACACAAUUAUUGUUUUAUAGUUUUUAGAUAUUAUGUAUACUGCAUUCAUUGUACUGUUUUAAAAGCAAUUCUUUUAGUACUUAUCUGUACGGGGCAUAAAAUGAUAUUUGUAAAUUCCGUAGUACGACAGUAUUCAAAAGCACAAUUAUUUGGGCCAGUUGCAUCAACCACAGUUGACAGAUACAUCAACGUCAAGCAAUAUAAAUCUAUGAAAAUUCCCAUAAAAAAAUUGCGAAGACCAAUAACAGACGGUUUGGCGCAACCGGCCGUAAAUGUUUAUUCAUUGGCGGAGACUGACGGCAAAAUCUUGGCGGAGUAAAUUCGGUAGAAAUAUUACAAUAAAUGCAGUAUGCAGUAAAGUAACUACAACGCUACAGACGAACUGUUUUGUUAUUCCAUGUUAUAUGCUUGUUUAGUGAAGCUGUGAUGAACUCCCAAAUAUUGUAAAUAUUUUAUUAAUGUUUCUAAGGUUGAUAUUGUAAACUGUGUCACUAGACUCUCGCGGACUAAGUAGCAUUUAUUGUUUAGUUAACGAAGAUAUUGACUAAAUGUUUAUUCCACUCAAUUUAAAUAUACGGAAAAUCAAUUGAUUAUAAUUAUUACAAUAUAA